CUGAAUAGUCAGAGGAGGGCCGUCGCCGAUUUGUGCACAAAGUCCGAAGCCGACAUGAAAUAAGGCCAUCGAUAAACCAAAAUCCGUAGUGCAGGUCCGAUGUUUAUCAGCUGUGUCUGAUUUCACAUAAAAAGCUCGUUCCCCUCAUUUCGACUCCUCACGCUGAGCUGGUCUCUUCCUCGCGGUUCACUCAUUCCAUUGCCGGUCAAUUCCAACCCAAUCAUCUCCCUGUCGAUAAAUAUGUUCACCAAAUCGUUCGCUUCCUCCUUUGUUUUGGUCUUCGUUUCCGUCAUGGCUAUGUUUGUUUCGGUGUCUUACGGCGCUCCGAUUGCUGUUCGGAGGUCUACCGCGCUUGCUGCUCGGCAAGAUACUUCAGCGAGUGGGACUACAUACAGCGGGGAUGGGACCUGGUAUGAGACUGGAUUGGGCGCAUGUGGCAUAACCAAUACCGAUGGAGACCCUAUCGUGGCGAUUGGUUAUCAGGGUUUCGAUUCCUAUCCCGGAGCCACGGCCAAUCCAAAUGAUAAUCCCAUUUGUAACAAGAAAGUCACCAUAUACUAUGGGGGCAAGACCGCCACAGCUACAAUCACUGACCGAUGUGCUGGAUGUGCGGGGGCCGACGACCUUGACAUGAGUCCUUCCCUAUUUGACGUGACCCAGGUAUUGGACGGGUCAGCAUAACCUGGAACUACUCUUAAGCGCAGUUGGCUCAUUCAUGCGUUCUUGUGAAUGAAUAUCUGUUUUGGGGCUCUGAUUUCUGCGCCCGUUCGCUGGUUGAUCCAGCAGCGGCAUACCUUCCUUCGA